GCCGCCACCGCUCCCGCCGCCGCCGCCCGGCUCGGCCCCGGCUGGGUGCGGAACUAGGGAGGCGCGGCGCCCGGCGCCUCUCCGCCCAUGAUCGCCAGCAUGAACGUAGCGCUUCAGGAGCUCGGGAGCACCAUGUCUGAGUAUAAACGAGCAAUGUUUCAGGAUGAGGAUGCGCCAGAUGCUACUGGAGAUGGGAACACCUCUCCUGACAGUGUGGAGGUGGGCUUCAGGAAAGGGGAUGGCCCCCUGCUCAGCCGCCUGGGCUCCCGGACCCCGCUGAAGCUGGCGCUCUUGGCCCUCUCCCUCUUUGUAGCUCUGCUGCUCCUGAGCUCCGUCAUCGCCAUGGGCAUCCAGUACAGUAAAGACCCCUCACACACCACUUGCCUGACGGAAGCUUGCAUCAUUGUGGCCGGGAAAAUCCUGGAGGCGCUGGACCGAGAGACCAACCCCUGUGACGAUUUCUACCAGUAUGCCUGCGGGGGCUGGAUCAAGCGGAACCCUCUGCCCGACAGCCACUCGAAGUGGAGCACCUUCAACAGCAUUUGGGACCAGAACCAAGCCAUCAUGAAGCACCUGCUAGAGAAUGCCACUUUCAAUUCCAGCAGCGAGGCUGAGCGGAAGACCCAGCGCUACUACCUCUCUUGCCUGAAGGAGCAGAAGAUCGAGGAACUGGGCUCCCAGCCACUGAUGGAUCUCAUUGAGAAGAUCGGAGGAUGGAACAUCACUGGACCCUGGAGCCAGAGCAAUUUCAUGGAGGUCUUGAAACUGGUAUCAGGAACAUACCGGGCUUCUCCAUUCUUCACGGUUUUUGUAGGACCUGAUUCCAAAAGCUCCAACAGCAACAUCAUCCAGCUGGAUCAGUCAGGCCUUUUCUUACCAUCACGAGAUUACUACCUGAACAAGACGGCCAAUGAGAAGGUGCUGGCGGCCUACCUGGACUACAUGGUGGAACUGGGGGUGCUGCUGGGGGGAGGCAGAGCCUCCACGGAGGAGCAGAUGCAGCAGGUGCUGGAGCUGGAGACCCAGCUGGCCAACCUCACCGUGCCCCAGGACGAGCGGCGGGACGAUGAGAAGAUUUACCACAAGCUGAGCAUCGCUGAGCUGCAGGUUCUUGCCCCAGCUAUUGACUGGUUGGACUUCAUCUCCUACUUCCUCUCCCCUCUGGAGCUGACGGAUGCUGAGCCUGUGGUGGUUUAUGGCAGGGAAUAUCUGGAGCAAGUGUCCCAGCUCCUCAAUAGCACUGACAAAAGCAUCUUGAACAAUUACAUGAUUUGGAACUUGGUUCAGAAAACUGCCUCGAGCCUCGACCAGAGGUUUGAGACGGCCCAGGAGAAGCUGAUGGAGACCCUGUAUGGUACCAAGAAGUCCUGUACCCCUCGCUGGCAAACCUGCAUCUCCAACACAGACGACACUUUGGGCUUUGCCCUUGGGGCGCUGUUUGUAAAGUCCACAUUUGACAGGCACAGUAAGCAGAUUGCUGAGAACAUGAUAGCUGAAAUCCGCACAGCCUUUGAGGAAUCUCUGGGCCAGCUUGACUGGAUGGAUGAGAAAACUAGACAAGCGGCUAAAGAGAAGGCUGAUGCCAUUUACGACAUGAUUGGCUUCCCAGAGUUCAUUCUCGACAACAAGGAGCUGGACGACGUCUAUGACGGGUAUGAUGUUUCAGAAGAUUCCUUCUUCCAGAACAUGCUGAACUUCUACAAUUUCUCUGCCAGGUUUAUGGCAGAGCAGCUGAGAAAGCCCCCCAACCGGGACCAGUGGAGCAUGACUCCGCAGACAGUCAACGCCUACUACCUGCCUACCAAGAACGGCAUCGUCUUUCCUGCAGGGAUACUUCAGGCUCCCUUCUACGCGCGCGACCAUCCCAAGGCCCUCAACUUCGGAGGCAUCGGGGUCGUGAUGGGACACGAGCUCACCCACGCAUUCGAUGACCAAGGCAGAGAGUAUGACAAAGAGGGGAACCUGCGGCCGUGGUGGCAGAACGCAUCGCUGGAGGCUUUCAAGAACCGAACCGAGUGCAUGACGGAGCAGUACAGCAAGUACGUGGUCCAUGGAGAGCACAUCAACGGCAAGCAGACCCUGGGCGAGAACAUUGCUGACAACGGGGGACUGAAGGCUGCCUAUAAUGCUUAUAAAGUCUGGCUGAAGAAGAAUGGGGAAGAGAAGAGCCUGCCCUCUCUCGACCUCACGAACCACCAGCUCUUCUUCUUAGGGUUUGCGCAGGUGUGGUGCUCCGUGCGUACCCCAGAAAGCUCCCACGAGGGCCUGGUGACGGACCCGCACAGCCCUGACAAGUUCCGGGUCAUCGGCACCCUCAGCAACUCCCGGGACUUUCUGGAGCACUUUCGGUGCCCUGUCGGCUCCCGCAUGAACCCUGGGAAGCACUGCGAAGUGUGGUAGAGCAAGAGGGAAAGAAGGGAGAGGCUGCCCCUGGCGAGUCUGUACAUACCUCCAACAGCCCCCUGCACGGCACCAUCCCAGGAACCAGGCUGCGCCCUGGCACUGCGCACUGGGGAGCAGGGGGUGGUCUUGCCUCGUCAGCCUUGGGCAGGCAAGUGCCUUCCUCUGGCACCAGAGAAGGGUGAGCCCCACCAGUGCGCCCUGCCGAGUCCACUUCACUUGGGGCAGCAGCGGCAAAAGCACCGCCCGACCCCUCAGCUCUCCUUGUCACUCGCUUCCUCCUUCUGCACUGCACAGCCUUCCAGCUCCGCUUUGGUGCCCCAUUGUCAGCUGACCCAGGAAACGCCUUCCUGGUCCACGCUGGCGGGCCUGGUACCUUUGAAUUCUCACCCAGUUCAUCCCGCUUUUCCCCAUCCGCCGCAGCUCCGAAGCAGCCGGUGCUUAGCUUCGGUAUCUCCAAUUUUCAGGGACGGGUGAGGGGGCUGUAGAAAGGUGAAUCCCAUCGGCGGUGGAAUCGACUUUGGGGGGAUUUGGAAGCCAGCCAUGGCAGCUCAGUGGGGAGACCUUAGCCAUUAGGUGGGGCUGGAGCUGUGGAAGCUGCAGGGGCGAAGGGUGAGCAUUGGAAACCUGGGACAUCCCAGGACAGAUGCAUCAGAGCGAGGCUGAUUGAGCCAGGCUUUCUGUUUUCGUCUCUUGGAAAAAAGCUUCCAAGAAGAGCAAGCCCCUUCAUUUUCACCAUCUGCUGCUGCACAUGGAGGUUAAUUUAGCAGAGAGUCAUUGGCAGCCUGAUGCUCCAUGAACUUUUUUUGAUAGAGCCCCCUGCUAGCGGCCAUUCCAGGCUCCCACGCAGCUCAGGGGCUGAAGCAUAGCUCAGAUCUGGAUGGCUCCGCACACCACUGAGCUCCCAACUGCAAUAGCAUGCAGGGACGUGGCCCUCUCUUUUCAUGCAAGGACAAGAAUCCAAAGACGGAACCGGGCUCUGUAUCGGACAAUCCCCCUUCCUGCUGGGUGGGGACACAGGGCCAGCCCCUUGGGAGAUGUCGCGCAUGUGCCAACGCACAAUCCCGUCCUGUCACUGUGGAACAUGAACCUCCUUCUCGCUAGCAUUGUGCCUCCCAAGCUUCCCACUGCUUAUUUCCCUGUCACAAACAGAAAUCCGCCGAUUGCUAGCCGGGCACAUAGCACCCUGUCUGAAAGCGCAUUAACUGCACCACAGCUGCGCAUGGAAAGCCUCUGUCACAGGGAGAGGAGGAGUGGGGAGACCGGCUUGUUUCCAGAAGGUUUCCUUGCACCCUUUUUUAGGCCCGUUCUCAGUUCCAAACUAGCUUGGCUUAGAAUUCUGGACUUGCUCCCAUCAAUUGAACUUGGUGGGGACUAGUGCCUUGGAUUAGCGUGUGGAAGUAUGUGUGUUUGGGGGUAGGGGGUGCUAUUGGUGUACUUAAUGGAUUAAAAGCCGUUUCUGCUUAAUUA